AGCAUGUCGUACGCCGAGCCGCUUUCCCCCAGACAUGCCGAGUCUCGACAUCCGAAUAAUGACGUUGUUUUCCCAGCCACAGCCAGUUUGAUAAGAACUUCAGAUAACAGCGAUUGGUAAGCAUGUUUCUGGGCCGACGCGUUUAUUCCUGGGUAUAUUCUUGUGAGCACGCGACCAAGGCUUUGGGAUUGUUAAAGAAGCAACAAAAGCCCCCAAGUUCACUGCUUUCAAUUCAUGUCCCGUUCUUCUUAUUAUAUAAUAAGUUUACCGUUUAUACAAUCUCCUCGCAACAAUGAACGUCUUGCGCAAAAUCGGAAACUUGAUAGCCUCACCUCCUCAAAAAGCAGAAGAUGGUCGUGAUCAAUGGCCUUCACGAACAGCCUACCUCCUCGCCUCGUGCGGUGGCGCAGUAGGAAUGGGAAACAUGCUACGAUAUCCAUCGCAAGUCUACAACGAUAACGGGCUGCAGUGGUUCGUUCCCUUUCUAAUGGCCGUCUUCUUCCUCGCCAUUCCCGCCAUGGCUCUUGAGAUUGCCGCAGGGAACGCUUACCGUGGUGGAACCGUGGUGGCGUACAACUCAAUCAGUCGACGGAUGAAGGGAAUCGGCUUUUCGCUCAAUUAUGUCGGGUUUGUUGUUGUUAUUUACUUCUUGCCGAUUCUGUCUUGGGCUAUGGUUUACUUCCAGAAGACUUUUACGAACAAUCUGCCUUGGGCGGGUAAUACUGAGAAUCGGUUCAUGUACGAGGCUGUUGGUGCUGUUAACCCUGAUACAUCUGGUCGGUGGGUUGUAUAUCCUGGUGUUUCACUUGACGGUCGUCUUGUGGGCUGGAACGCCUUUACGUGGUUCACUGUCUGGCCCUGCAUGCUUCGGGGUGUUGGUCUUACCGGACGCGUUGUCUACUUCACCAUGGGUCUCCCCGUCAUAAUGGGUAUCAUCCGUAUCGGCCGUGGUGUAUCACUACCUAACGCCAGCGAGGGUAUCAAGCUCUAUUUCGCCAGUUGGCACAGCUCAAAGCUUGCCGGAACCAGGAUCUGGCGUGAUGCUGUUAGCCAAGUCUUCUUUUCGACUGGAGUCGUCCCUGGGUUGCCACCACCAUGGUCACUAUUUGCUUCCUCCUUUCGCUUCCUCACUGCACCCAGUUCGGUUACUUCUUCAUGGAUGGAAUCGACCGAUGGAUCAACAACAUCGGCCUCGUUUUCGUCGUUUGGGCCGAAUGCGUUGCUACUGGGUAUCAUCGUCGGUCACACUGGGGCUCCUUGGGCUGGCGCUGUAGCUGGCUUCGGUCUUUACUUUAUUUGCCUUACUGCUUCGUUGAUCCUCGGAAAAGCACCAGAUGCACAUGGUGCACCAAGAUUAAUGUCCAAGAACAAGUUGAUCUCUGCUUUUUACUACGUUGCCUUGUACUCGGGAAACCAGCUAAGACACAAUCUCAACUCAGUCAUCGGCAACGGUAAGAACUGGUCCCUCCCAUUUCUCUGGGCACCAAUGCUACGAUACGUCUCGGGGCCUGUCCUAGCUAUCAUUUUUAGCUUGGCCUACCCCAGCUUCGAGGAAGUCAAGAACGAUCCCCUGUACAUUCUUGGCUUCAUCAUCGCGCAUCUUUUGCUUGUCUGGCGUGUGAUUGGCUUCGUCUUCCCCAGGUGGUUCAACGUCUUUAUUAUCCCUGAGCGUCGUGAUAAUUGGAAGCAGCCGUAUGCUCCUAAUGUGCUUCGAGGUACAACUGAGGGUGAGGAGGCUACAAAAGCAGAUGCUGGUAUGUCUAGUGGUGAUACCAGUAUGUCGAACAAAGGGGUGAAGAUCUGAUGUGAACUAGAUAUAUUAUAUUUAACGGUAUCAUGAGCGAUAACUGGGC